UGUUAAGUAGCGGGUCUGCUUUCUGUCUGUGGCUCUUUCCUCCUUGGGUUUCAAUUCCAAACAUGGUUAUCCUUCUCAGGGUCUCUACCCCCGCCUCUCCCGCUCCAUGUUUCCAACAGUCCAGUGUAGGACAGGGAACAGAAGCAGAGACAGUAUAGGGCUGAUAUUGUCCAAUUCAAAAGGAAAAGUGGGUGUCAACGGAACUGAAUGGAACGGAAUUAUGAAGCUUCUUUCAUUCCAACUAUUUUUGGCAGUAAGAGGUGUAUUGACUCUUAGCGGCUGAGGGAACAAUCUUUUUUAUAUAUCUGACAUUGGUUUUGAACAGCUUGGGCUUAUGAACCACUACUUUUUCCAACAAGGUAUUUGACGACACUUUUUUUUAAAUUCAGUUUCCACUGAAUUGAAGACCACAGAGCCAAAAACAUGAAUAGUGGCGACUCUGCCUUGAUUGACUCUGUAAUUUACAAUCACACACUCUGCGAUGGAUGGACCAACAGCACCGAAGGUGCCAUCUACCAUCUGGGUAACACCAUUCUGUUUUUGGGCUAUAUGGGUGGUAGCGGAGCAUACGGGGCUCUGUACAUCUUCAGCUUUUUGGCUCCCGCUUUCCUCUGUCUGGCUCUGUGGGGCUGGUUUACGGUGUGUGGCCUUGAUGUCUUCCUCUGGAACUUGCUGCUGACGCUGCAGUGUUUGGCCCAGGUGUGUCAUCUGAUUUUUCGGCUGAUGCAAGACGGUUUAGCCAACGAGGAGCUUUCUGCGCUUUACACAGCGGUCUAUCUGCCUCUGGAUGUACCUGUGCAGGUGUUUAAGGAGAUCACGACUGCCAGCGAGAACAAAGUGCUCUCUCUAGCGGCCGAGGAAACAUAUGCUGUCGAGGGGAAGACACCGAUUGAUCAGUUGUCUUUUCUUCUUUCUGGCAGGAUAAGAGUGUCCUUAGAAGGUCAGUUUCUCCAUUAUAUCUUCCCUCAUCAGUUUCUUGAUUCUCCAGAAUGGGAGUCUUUGAGACCAACAGAGGAGGGGAACUUCCAGGUGACAUUAACCGCAGAGACGGACUGCCGUUACAUCUCUUGGCGCAGACGUCGGCUUUACCUUCUGCUGUCUAAGGAUCGUUACAUUGCCCGACUUUUCUCAGUCAUGCUCGGAAGUGACAUUGCUGACAAACUGUACUCGCUCAAUGACAAGCUGUUUGCCAAGAGUGGUGUGCGUCUUGAUAUCCGUCUACCCAGUCUCUACCAUGUCCUCGCCCCCUCGCCACCGGGCAGUGAGGGUGGCAGUGCUAGUUCACCACCCAGGGGGAGCCAAGGAGAUGCUACAGUUGUGACGGUUGAUCCAGCACCGUCUAACCAGGGCUCAGAUGCGAGAAACGUCCAUCCGGACCAGGGAAAGAGCCCUGUGCCCAAACCUCCAAACCAGCAUUGGCCCUCAGACACAGAGAUGCCCUCUGGUGAGGAUUCAACCAGCUUGGUUCUGGAGGACUUUGCUGAUAUGACAGGCUCUUUAAUGGACUAUGGGACUGAAAGGGAAUAUUUGAAGUAAAGGUUGGGGUGUUGACGCUAACACACUGGGACACUUCUUAAAUCACAAUAGGAUGAUACUCCAGGAAGACUUCAGUUCCAAAGAGGAUGUGCCCCACUGGCCCCUACUGACACCCCAAAGCUGUAGGAAUGGUUUCAGCCACAUAAAGACCAUAACAUCUGAUCGAUUCCUCUACUAAAUCAAUCAAAUCCCUGAAUCACGUUUCCCCUCAUACAAAUGAAGACAACAUUAACACCGAACAGUAAAAGAUUCAUCAAAUGUACUUGUUUAGGACAGUGAAAGGACAAAACAAGAUCAAAACAUCCAAAACAGACACUGUGUUAAAUAUGAUUCCACAUUGCUGUGAUUUCAAAAUGACUGUUUUAGUUUUAUUUGUAAUGGCAUGUGCUUAGUAGUUAAAUCUGUUUGGAAUACUUGAGACAGGAUUUUUAAGGCAAAAGCAACAAAUUAGAUUUUCAAACACAAAUUAAAUUUAACAGCACUGCAGAGUUAUAUUAGGUUUAUUACAAAAGUGUGUGCGUUAUCAUAGGAAAUUAGGAAAUGAUUUAGCAUCAUCUUUUGAGACUGUACACUGACCAUAUUAUGAAAAUGUAUUUUCACGGGGCCAAUUGUUAAGUUCUGGGUUCAAAAUGUGACUUGAUAUUUCUCUCAAGAUUUCAAAGCAGAGAAGACUUAGCAUUAAUUGUAAAUAAACAGAUUUGAAUUUUUAAUAUCAAGUAUGCAGUGUGCAGUUAGAAAAACUAGAGCGCCAAAAUAAUGAAAUGUACCACUCCAAACGUUUUAGUCAUUGGGAUUGAAUCAGUGCUUUCAGCACACAUAUUAACACAUUAAAGAACUACUGAGUGUUGAAUGACUGACUUGAUUCCACAUGGCUGAUAUUUUUCACUCUCUGGAACAGUGCACGAAAUCAUAUUGUACAUUAUGUAAGGGCUAAAAGAAGUCAUUUUUGUGAAAACACAAUAAAUAUAUCUAACAGAG